AUGCAAAAGGAGAGCAAUCUCAUGUACUGGGCCAAGGUCGGCAUCAAGAUCAACCUGAAAGCCGUUGGUGCCAACCACAAUCUCCGGGAUGAACUGAGGAAGUUGGAAAAUAGGAACAUGAUCGUGGGGUACGAUGUGACCCAUUCCACCAAUAUGCCAUUCAAAGCAGCCGGAGAGCCUAGCUUGCUGGGACUGGUUGCGAGCAUCAACAUAGAGUUGGCACAAUGGCCCGCUGUGUCUUGGGAGCAACCGGCAAGGCAGGAGAUGCUCAGCGAUCAACUUCUCGACGCAUUCAAGUCGCGGUUGGAGCUUUGGCAAAAGCAUAACGACGACCGCUUGCCCGCGCACAUUCUCAUUUUUCGCGACGGCGUCUCUGAGAGUCAGUUUACGCAAGUCCUCGACAGGGAGCUACCAACGAUACGGCAGGCUUGCCGAGCGAAGUACACGGCGACUCAACCCAAGCUGACUGUUGUUGUCUCGGCCAAGCGCCAUCAAACACGGUUCGAUCCCACUACCAAAGAGGACAUGUCGGCCUCGGGCAACGUUCUCAACGGCACAGUCGUGGACCGCGGUGUCACCCAAGUAAGGUAUUGGGACUUCUUCCUCACAGCACAUCAUGCGAUCAAGGGCACUGCGCGCCCCGCUCACUACACGGUGCUUUUAGAUGAGAUUUUCCGGGAGCGGUAUAAUGCAAAGGCAGCUGACGAGCUGGAGCGACUGACGCACGAGCUGCGUUACUUGUUCGGCCGCGCGACGAAGGCUCCUGACACGGUCUGGGAAGCUGGACUGGGAAGUGAUGAUGAGAUAUAG